AUUGAUAUCAACACACGUUUCAAUCUUCGUAGUUUGUACACAGAGUAUUGGAAUUCAUUUUAUUAAAAUUUUAAUUUUCGAAAAAUUGACAGUUUGUAUCACACAGGAAUUUCGAAUUCCCGCCUAUAACAUUCUUAUCAUUUUGUAGGCUAUCUGGAUUUCGCUCCCUUCAAAAAUAAUAGAAAGCAAAUUUUGAGUUGGAGAUUAGGAAUUAUAAUAAUUAUCAUUCAACAUAGACCACUAUCAUUCGUGAGUAGCGUGAAGUUAUAAGUUUUUCAAUUUUAUUUUAUUGUUUAGGUAGUAUGUAGUAGUGUGUGCGACGAUUGUCGAAACCGUUUUGAAAUGUAUGAUCGAAUUUUUGAAUUCUUCAUGAAUACAGAAACAUUAAAUUUAUAAUAUUAUUAGUUUAUUUCUUUUCUUUUUUUUUUUUUUAUAAGAUUAUUCUUAUUAUGUAUUAUUGAUGAAAAAAUUAAAGUGAUAAAAAAUUAUUAUAUAUGUAAUAUUUGUCAUGGAAGUUAAUCAAAGAAUUAACAAUUCUUCAAUAAAUUUAAAGUGAGUAUCUAUCCAUUAUUUUAAUGUAAGUAAAUAGGAUAAGUAAAAAUAAGAAUAAUUAAAUAAUUAUAAUUAUUAAGUAAUUUUUACGUUACACACCUAAUGGUUUUUUUUAUUAAAAUGAGUCGUUAUAAAGAGUUUUUACUGUAGCAUUAAAAAAAGAAAUUAUUCUUUCAAGAUGUGUUUGUUAUUUAUUUUAAUUGCAUACAUACUAGGUAUUACUCAUAUGAACUUAAAAUGUAUUUAAAAAAAUGUGUUUUUGGUAUUGUAUGUCAUUUGAAAUUAAAAUAAUUCAUGAAUAUCAGUUUAAAUCUUUAUUUUGUCACGAUUAAAACCAUAAGUUUCAAGUGUACUGAAGUACACUUCAAUUCUUGUCCCUUUCUGUUUUGUGAGAAUAUUGUUAAAAGCCUUUUUUAUGACUUGUUGGACCUUAUAAAAUUUAUAUUUUAAAAUAAAAGUAAGGAAAAUUUUGUUAGUUUGCUAUGAUCUCUACCAGUGAUGGAUACCUAACUAUUAGGAUUUUAAAUACAUCUUUGGAGAUAAUUAAAAUAAUUCAAUUUUUGUUUUUUUUUUUUUGUAUUACUCGCAGGGAUAAGAACUAUAAAUAUUUAUAUUGCAAUUAAUUUUUAUGCCUUGAUAAUAAUUUUUUAAAGUUCAGAGAAAAGAACCUGUAGUUAUGCAGCAGGCUGUAAUCAUAUUCUCCAAUUGAUUAUUAUUACGAUUAAUUGACUGUACAAUUCUUUUCUCUAAACUUUAAAAAAUUAAUAAAAAUUACAAAUUUAAUAAAAACAAAAGUUGAUAUGUCAAAAUUUUUAAAAGAACAAACUGUAAAAUGACUAUCUUCUAAUUUUUUAAAAAUAAUAAAAUAAUUAUUUUUUACCAAAACAUAAAACGUUCAUUGUAAUAUAAAUAUUUAUAUUUUUUAUUCCAGUAAUAUAAAAAAAAAAAAAAACAGAAUUUAAUUAUCUUUAUUAUCUCUAGAGGUAUUACAAUGGCUAUAUCUUUAUAGGUACUAUAUUAUUAGUAACCAAAAACAAACACAUUUUUGAAACUCUCUUUUAUUAUUUUUGAAAAAUGCAAUUUGGUUGACAUUCUCUGUGUAACAUCCUAAAUAAGAUAUAAUUUGUUGUAUUUUGUUAAUUUCUAAAUUUAAGGUAUCUAAUUCAUAUAACUACCUAUUAUCUCAUAACUUUUUAGAUUUACAACUAACUCUGAAGAAGAAAUACAACAUCCAAAUAUGCAAACAAUUAAAAUAAAAAAAGAAACUGAUUUAUUAUUAAAUGAUUAUGAUUAUGAAAGUGUAUUAACUGACAAUGAAAAACAACCACCACAGUAAGUUGUUUUUUUUUUUUUAGUUUAAAUAAAAUUGAAUUCAACCAAUUUAAUCUGUAAAUGAUGUCAUUUCAUAUUAAGAAAGGAUAGAAAACGUUUUUAAUUUUUAAAAUUUUAGUUUUUGAGUAUAACAUUAAAAAAAAAAAAAGAAACGUUAUUCUUUGUUUUGUAUUAUUUUUUCUCUGAAGUUUAACAUAAAAAUACAAAAUAGGUAUUUAAAAUAUUAUAUUAUAGGUAAUAGUUUUAAUAAUAUUGUAUCACAUAACAAUUUAGGACUCCCUACCAACUUACCAGUUUUUUGAUAAUAAAAUUAUUAUUAAUUAUUACCAUAGAGUAAUAAAACUAUUUAAAUUUUUUAAUUAUUUGUAGUUUGACAUAAUUUAUUUGUUUUAUUUUUUUUGUUUUCAUGAUUGAAUUUGUUUUAUUUCAAAGUGCUUUCCUUCACUGCAUAUUAUACGAGUACAUGUAUUAUAUUUUUAAUUGAUGAUCAAAUUUAAACAUAUUUACACAUAUGUAAUUUUUUUUGAUGUUUACCUCUUUUAUCAUUUUCAAAAAAGUCAAUUUGGUUAGAGUUUUACCAUCCUCCUUAAGAAAUAAUUUUUAAAAUAUUUUCUAUAUUUUAUUCAGUUCUAAAUUCAAGGUAUCUAGUUCACAUAACUACCUAUUAUCUCAUAACUUUUUAGAUUUACAACUAAUUCUGAAGAAGAAAUACAAUAUCCAAAUAUGCAAACAAUUGAAAUAAAAAAAGAAACUGAUUUAUUAUUAAAUGAUUAUGAUUAUGAAAGUGUAUUAACUGACAAUGAAAAACAACCACCACAGUAAGUUGUUUUUUUUUUUUUAUAGUUUAAAUAAAAUUGAAUUCAACCAAUUUAAUCUGUAAAUGAUGUCUUUUAUAAUUAAAAUAUUUUUAAAGUUAUGUUAAAGUCCAGUGCACAAUUAGCAGAGAACUAUUAAUAAUUAUGCCCAUAAUUAAGUGAUAAUUGAAAUUAAGUUUUACUAAUUGAAGUUUGUUGGCAUUUUAUUUCUCUUAACAAAAAUGAACAUAUUCUACUAGCUUUAGAAAAUGUUAGGAAAACAAUAAUUUAACAAAUAUUUAAUUAUAAAAUAUUGAACUAUUUGAUUAAUGAAUUUUACCUAUUAAUUUUACAAUUCUUAAAUUUUUCUUCACCAUUGUUUGUUUUGUGUAGGAUUCAUUUAUGUGUUCAUUAUAUCAGUGUAAUUAAUGUACAUCAUUUAAAUGAAUGGUACCAAAAUCAAGGUCUUAUUAUGCAUUUAUUAAUAGAUUAUUAAAAUAUAAGUCUUAAAUUGUGCUUUUAAGUGAUAUUAGAGAAGUUCAAAUACAAUUUACCCCGCUGUCUUUUUCAUAAUAUUUGAAAUAUUCAAAAUAUUAUGAAAAAGACAAGAUAUGUAAACAUGGUAAGCAGUUAACUGGAAUUUACAAUAAACGAUAUCAUGUACAUAAAAAAAACCGAUAUAUUUCACCCAAUGGGUGAACCACUGUUGUAUAUCUGCAUGCAACGAUUGACCAUUGCUAACGGGGAAGUAUUUAGAGACAUUUUAAUUUUGAGAGUUUUUUAGUAAUAUUUAUUUGGUAUGUAUUCUGUGGUAAAAUUAUUAGACUUGAACAGAAAUGCUUCAAAAUUUAACAGGAUGUUCAUUAAAAAUCUUAAUUUGUGUAAAAAAAAUCGAGUUUAAUUUUUUUUAUAAGGGAAUUUUAAUAUUAAAUUUUGACAAAUAUCAUUUAAGUAAAAAAUUAUGUGGAAUAAAUCUAAUUUUUCAAUUUUUAUUUUUUAUUUUUGAACAUAUGUAUAUUGCCGAUUUAAGAAUGAUGGUGAAGUCAGAAUUAAGCGGACUAAGUUUUGAAAUUAUGGCCUUUUGGAGUUCUGGUAUUAUGCGGAUAUUUUAUGUUAUGUUAAAUAACUCUAUAAUUGACCUUGUAUAUUUGUCGUGAUCUAAUAGUUAUAUAAGAUCUAUUAAUUUUUUAGAGGUUCCAAUUUCAAACCAGUGUGUCGAAAAAAAUGUUCUGCAUUUUUUUUUCACGUUUACCUAAACAAGGAAAAACUAUUACAUUUUAAAUGUAUCUAGAAACCCAGCUCUUGCUCCCUUAGACUAUUUUACUAUUUUAAUCAAAAAAUACGCUUCAAUUUGUUGUGCAAACUUUUCAACUAGAAAUAUUGUUCCGAUGUAUCAAGUUUGGCUUAUUUUCGGAAAGGAAAUUCUAUAUCCAUUGCAAUUUAGGGAAGUCAUUUUUUAUAUUUUUAAGCGUUUAACCGGGAUAAAAUGUCAGAAAAACGGAAAAUGUACGAAAUGGAAACAUAUGGCCUGUUUUUUGUGUACAAUUUCUCCACCGGCAAUUUCACUUCGAUUUAAAAUGAUAGCACUUUUUCUGAAAAAAUAUCUGACUUGGGAGAUACUUUAGGGUGGUAAUUUUUCCAUUUUCCUUGGAGUAUUCUCAACAAAUGUAAAAAACCGAAAAAAACGUAAAGAAAACUGGAAUAUGUACGAAUUGUAGAUAUUAGUUGAAAAAUAUUUCGGCCUUCUUUUUUCCUGUGAAUAAGUUUUCUAGCAAUUUUGCUCUAAUUUACAAUGAUUGAACUUUUUCUGAAAGAAAAUCUGACUGGGAAUGUACUUUAGGGAAGUCGUUUUUCGAUUUUCUCAAGAUUUCCCUAAUUUAAAUAGUCCCAUAUAUUCUAUUAGUUCAUUCAAUUUGCUAAAAAAAGCGAAUUCAAUUUAUAAUUAAUUUGAGAUUUAAUUAUAAGAUAGUUGUUGACUAGGAUGAAUAGUUGUUUUACCGUCUUUGCUCUUCUAUCUAAUGAUUUUUUAGAUUUGGUCAUUCAGAGCGUAGAGAGGAAUCUAUUAGUUUACAAUGAUGUUAGUUAUUAUUAUUAAUUUUUUAUUCUAUGAACAUCUUUUCUACCAGUAAUCUUGCUCUUAUGUAUCAAUUGUACCACUUUUUCUGAAAGGAAAUUUUAUUUUGUUGGUACUUAAGACAGGAAAUUUGUUGAUUUCUAAGUUUUUUUUACAAUAAUUGAGAAAGCCCGAAACAAAGUACAUACACAUAUAAAAUAUACUUCAACUAAACUGCCGUACCUUCAAAAACUUGGUAAACAAUGAUAUUAAACUCAGGGAUUCUUUAAUAACUUCAGAUGAAAUCAAUGACGUUGUUUUGACCUAAUCAGCUCUAUCUUAAAAGCAGCACUUUCAUCUGUUAUACCUUUAACCAAUACAAACUCAAAGAAAAAAAUCCCUUACCACAUAAAAUUAUUGAUUGUCGAAAAAAAGGCUGAAUAAGAAAUCAAUGGCCAAUAUUCAGGUAUCCUAACAACCAGGUAAAACUUAACAAAUUGAACACCAAAAUAAAAAAAGCAAUUUUAAACGACAGGAACAAAUCCUACAAUACCUCUGUUGAAUUAACCACAUUAACCACAAAACACUCUUCCCCAUGGAAAUCUACCAAAAUAUUACUCUGUCUAAAUUAACCAACACCUCCUCUAUGAAACGCAGACAACUCGUAGAUCAUUAUAGUCAUCGACUAAGCUAAUAUUCUAGCUUCACACCUAGAAAACUCUUUUUCUCUUCAAGACAUUCAACCCCGCCUCACUUAACUAAAAAUUGUUUAAGACUUCUGCAUCCCCUCUCCCAAUGUCGUUGAUUGCCAAGUCAACAUCUUCCGAAAAAAUUAACACAUCAUAAUCAUUCAAAAAUCCCCGGGACACGAUCUUAUCACAAACUUCAUCAUAAAAAACCUACCACGUAAAGCUAUAUUAUACUUAUUCCCUCUGUUCAAUUCAAUUCUCAGACUAUCAUACUUCCCAAGCACCUGGCAGCAAUCCGUCGUAAUACUUAUCCUCAAGCCAAACAAACCUGAACAUUUAGUUAUCAUAUAGACUAAUAAGUCUUCUCCCUACUUUCUCAGAAAUCUUUGAAAAAAUUCUCCUAAAAAGACUUUUGCCUCUUCCUACUUCAGCAAAUAUCAUUCCGCACAUAUAAUUUGGUUUCAGAGCUCACCACUGGACUCCCCAAACUACAUAGUACUGUCGAUAAUAUUUCCAACGUACUGGUAAAGAAAGAAUUUUGUCCCGCUAUGGUUCUGGAUGUCUCCUAGGCGUUCGACUGUGUGUGGCAUAAAGGGUUACUAAUACUAUACAUUUAAAAACAGUUUCUUUCAGCACUCUUUUUUUUUAUUAAUUAAAUCUUAUCUAUCUGACCGUUAUUUUACAGUUUGUCUUAAAAACAGCUACUUAACUCGUUAUCCUAUAAAAACAGAGGUGCUACAAGGUAGUGACAUCGCUCAUUUUUUAUGUUCUGUAUUCACCCAAGACAUUCUUUAGACGCCCUUCACAUAUCUUGGCACAUACACAGAUGACAUUCUAAUAUCAGUGUCACAUCACAAUUCCCAAAUAGCCUGUCAGAUGAUCCAAAGUCAUCUAAAAAUGAUAAACAUGUCAAAUCGAUGGAAAAUAAAAAUCAAUGAAAACAAAUCUACUCAUGUAAUUUUCACAAUGCGUUUAACUGAUUGCCCACCUGUCAUGUUCAAUAACAAAGUCAUACCAUCAGCUAAUGAAAUAAAGUAUUUAGGGUUAACAUUUGAUAAACGUCUUAACUGGAACACUUAAAAUAAAAACGUAAAUCCCUGAACUCAUCUCCUUUUAAAAUCUAAACUCUUUUUAAAGAAUAAACUUAUAAUAAAUUGAUAAUCCAUGAGGCUUAGCUCUAUAGUAUCUGAAUUUGGGGUUUGGCAAAGAUAUCAAACACCAAAACCAUGCAAUCAUUCCAAUAUAUUUACCUCCAUGUAAUAACCUCUGUAACCAACAAAAAUCUCCACAAAGACCUUAACUUACCAACCCUCAACAACCUGGCCAAAUCACAUUCCAAUACACUAAUUAGAAAGAAGACAUUCUUUUGUCACUUUUAUCCUCCGAAGUCUAAAAAGGUCUAAAAUGACCUAGGGAUCUGCUGAAAGCUUAAUAAUAUUAACUUAAACUUGUCAGGUGGCCUUGCUGGGAGCCUUCCUAUUCUAAUCGUAAGUAUCAUUGUCUAUUAGCCAUUAAACUUAUGUAUUAUACCUCGUUUGUAUAGUUUAUAAAUAUAUUGUUUUAAAAAAUAAUAAAAUAAAAACAAAAUAUUUGUGUUUAAAUAUAAUUCUUUCUAUAUAUUUUAUUACAUUGCCUGUAUCGGAAUUUCCAAAUUUAAGUUGUAUUGUUUUUCUUUUUGAUACAAUCCAUUGUUACAAGAUAUAUCUUACAAUUGUAUAAUACAAUUUAAAUCUUUUAUUAAAUUAUCUACUGAUAAUUACAUUUUAUUUAGUUUUAAGUUAGAGCUAAUUAGUAUACAUUGUGAUUAUGAUAUUUCAGAUACAUGCACAACUCCAAAGUAGAAAUAGAACAAUCAAAUGACCAAACAAUUGUAAUAAAAAAAGAAUUUGAUUUAAUAAAUGGUUGUAUGUUUGAAAGUACAAUAACUAUUGAAAAUGAUCCUAUGAUAUCAAUUUUACAUAAAAAACCAAGACUUAGAAAAAAGAGUUAUACCUGCAAUAACUGUGGUAACAUAUUUAAUUCAAAAUCAAAAUUAAAAUCACAUCUAAUGAAAUAUAUAAAGGAGAAGGUACAUAAGUGCAAUGUUUGUGAAAAAAUAUUUAGUCAGUCAUCCAGUUUAAACCGACAUAAGUUAAUUCAUAACGGAGAAAAGCAUUUCAAAUGUGAUGUUUGUGAAAAAUCAUUUUGGGCAAUAUCUGCUUUGAAGAGCCACAAAGUGACUCAUAAAGGAGAAAAGCCUUACAAAUGUAAUAUUUGCAAAUUAUCAUUAACUCGAUUGCACAAUUUAAACCGGCAUAAGUUAAUUCAUCAUAAAGGAGAAAAGCCUUACAAAUGCGAUGUUUGUGAAAAAUCAUUUACUCAAUCGUCUAAUUUAACACGGCAUAAGUUAAUUCAUAAAGGAAUAAAGCCUUACAAAUGCAAUGUUUGCAAAGUAUCAUUUGGUCAGUUAUCCAAUUUAAAGGCGCAUAAUUUAAUUCAUACAGGAGAAAAGCCUCACAAAUGCAAUGUUUGUAAAAUAUCAUUUAGGACAAUAUCUGCUUUGAAGGGCCACAAAUUGACGCAUACAGGAGAAAAGCCUUACAAAUGUAAUGUUUGUGAAGUAUCAUUCACUCAAAUGCACAAUUUAAACCGACAUAAUUUAACUCAUAAAGGAGUAAAGCCUUACAAAUGCAAUGUUUGUGAAAAAUCAUUUAAUCAGUUGUCCACUUUAAAGCAGCAUAAGUUAAUUCAUAGUGGAGUAAAGCCUUACAAAUGCAAUGUUUGUGAAAAAUCAUUUACUCAAUCGUCUAAUUUAACACGGCAUAAGUUAACUCAUAAAGGAGUAAAGCCUUACAAAUGCAAUGUUUGUGAAGUAUCAUUUACUCAAGUUGGCAAUUUAAAGCGGCAUAAGUUAAUUCAUAAAGGAGAAAAGCCUUACAAAUGCAGUGUUUGUGAACUAUCAAUUAGGACAUCAUUUGAUUUGAAGCGUCAUAUAAUGACUCACACAGAUGAAAAACCUUUCAAAUGUAAUUUUUGUGAAAUAUCAUGUAAGACAAAAUAUAAUUUGAAGACUCACUUAAUGACUCAUACAGGAGAAAAGCCUUUCAAAUGUAAUGUUUGCAAAGUAUCAUUUUCUCUGUUGUCUAGUUUAAAUCGGCACAAGUCAGUUCAUAAAAGAGAAAAACCUUACAAAUGUAUUGUUUGUGAAAAAUCAUUUACUCAAAUGUCAAGUUUAAAGGUGCAUAGUUUAAUUCAUAAUGGAGAAAAGCCUCACAAAUGCAAUGUUUGUGAAAAAUCAUUUACUCAUUUGUCAAGUUUAAAGGGGCAUAAUUUAAUUCAUAAAGGAGAAAAGCCUUACAAGUGCAAUGUUUGUAAAAUGGCAUUUAGGACGAUAUCUAAUUUGAGGUGUCAUAUUAAAACUCAUACCGAUGAAAAACCUUUCAAAUGCAAUUUUUGUGAAAUAUCAUGUAAGACAAAAUCUAUUAUGAAGUACCACUUAAUGACUCAUACAGGAGAAAAACCUUAUACAUGUAAUGUGUGUAAAGUAUCAUGUAGGAAAAAAUCUGCUUUGAGGAUCCACAUAAUGACUCAUACAGGUGAAAAGCCUCACAAAUGUAAUGUUUGCAAAUUAUCAUUUACUCAUUUGUCCAAUUUAAAGCGGCAUAAGUUAAUUCAUAAAGGAGAAAAGCCUUUCAAAUGUAAUUUUUGCAAUGUAUCAUUUACUCAUUUGUACAAUUUAAAGCGGCAUAAGUUAAUUCAUACAGGAGAAACAGCCUUUUAAAGUGUAAUAUCUGUACAAAAUCAUUUAGGCAAAACUCCAAUUUGACAAAACACAUACAAAUCUCAUGUCAGCGAGAAACUUAGUUUGAAUUGGUUUCAAAGUAUUAUUGACUUCUAGUUAUUUCCUAUUCAUGUAGUUAUCUUUUAUAAUAUGUGUACGUAUUAUAUGUAUAACGCAAAUGAUAAGUUGUGUAUAUCUAUUUUUUUUAUUAAAUCUACUCUUUAAU